AGGGGGGGGGUCUCGGCGGCCGGAGGAGGAGUAGACGCGGGUGAAGAUGGCGGCAGCCGAAGCCGCGAACUGCAUCAUGGAGAAUUUUGUAGCCACCUUGGCUAAUGGGAUGAGCCUCCAGCCGCCUCUUGAAGAAGUCUCCUGUGGCCAGGCAGAAAGCAGCGAGAAGCCCAACGCUGAGGACAUGACGUCCAAAGAUUACUACUUUGACUCCUAUGCUCACUUCGGCAUCCACGAGGAAAUGCUGAAAGAUGAGGUCCGCACCCUCACAUACCGCAACUCCAUGUUUCACAACCGGCACCUUUUCAAAGACAAGGUGGUGCUGGACGUGGGCUCGGGCACAGGGAUCCUCUGCAUGUUUGCCGCCAAGGCUGGGGCCCGCAAGGUCAUCGGGAUCGAGUGUUCCAGUAUCUCUGAUUAUGCGGUGAAGAUCGUCAAAGCCAACAAGUUAGACCAUGUGGUGACCAUCAUCAAGGGGAAGGUGGAGGAGGUGGAGCUCCCGGUGGAGAAGGUGGACAUCAUCAUCAGUGAGUGGAUGGGCUACUGCCUCUUCUACGAGUCGAUGCUCAACACCGUGCUCUACGCCCGGGACAAGUGGCUGGCACCCGACGGCCUCAUCUUCCCAGACCGAGCCACGCUGUACGUGACGGCCAUCGAGGACCGGCAGUACAAAGACUACAAGAUCCACUGGUGGGAGAAUGUAUACGGCUUCGACAUGUCUUGCAUCAAAGACGUGGCCAUCAAGGAGCCCCUGGUGGAUGUGGUGGACCCCAAGCAGCUGGUCACCAAUGCCUGCCUCAUCAAGGAGGUGGACAUUUACACGGUCAAGGUGGAAGACCUGACCUUCACCUCCCCCUUCUGCCUGCAAGUGAAGCGGAACGACUACGUGCACGCCCUGGUGGCCUACUUCAACAUCGAGUUCACCCGCUGCCACAAGAGGACCGGCUUCUCCACCAGCCCUGAGUCCCCGUACACUCACUGGAAGCAGACAGUGUUCUAUAUGGAGGACUACCUGACGGUGAAGACGGGCGAGGAGAUCUUUGGCACCAUUGGCAUGCGGCCCAACGCCAAGAACAACCGUGACCUGGACUUCACCAUCGACCUGGACUUCAAGGGCCAGCUGUGCGAGCUCUCCUGCUCCACUGACUACCGGAUGCGCUGAGGCAGCGCCCGGCUUCUCCCACCCCAGCCAGGCUGGCCCUGCAAGGGCCCAGGGGCUGUGGCGUUCUUAGGCGGUUUCGGGGCUCCCCCUUCCUCUCCCUCCCUCCCACAGAAGGGGGUUUUAGGGGCUGGGGGUGGGGGGGCACAUCGUGACUGUGUUUUUCAUAACUUAUGUUUUUAUAUGGUUGCAUUUACGCCAAUAAAUCCUCAGCUGGGAUGGCA